CAACACCUCAAGACCCCCGAGUGAAGCUCUGUGGCCCAAUGCAGCUGCUCUGGCCCACGUGAGUGCCUGCAGUUGUGUUUGUUCAGCGCUCCCCUUGCGCAUUGUGCUGUCCGUCAAACAUGCGCGUCAUAGCUGCCCUGUUCUUUAUUGUGUCACCGGCUUGGACGGUAUAUGCCAACGUCGAGAAGACCAUCUUCCUGGGGCCCAGCGCUGUGACUCUCCCUGAUGUCCGUCCCAGCCUAGACAGCCUACGUCUGCAAUCGCUGUCAAGCCUCGAGCCUGUUCUGCCAACGCGGCUCUCGGUGCAGUUCCCCACGCGUGCGGAGCCCCACGGCCUGGAGUCCUGGUAUCUUCUGAGCGGCUUGGAGGAGGGCAGAAGGUACGAGGCCCGCAUAUGCUGGCCCGCCACCUCGCCAACCAACUUCUGGCUUGACACCUACUCGUUAGACGAAACCUUUGCUACUCCAGAGCUUGUAUCGUCUCUUGCAAGCUACAGUGAUCAACUGUGGGAUCUAGCAGCUGCAAGGAAGACGGACAACCUGAAGACCGAAGGAGGAGCACAAUCGAUACUUUUCCUUCGGAUUCAGGCAGCAGCGUCGUACUAUUCGACCAACCGCACGUUAAUGGACGAUCCGCCGCCAGUCGAUGUCGAUAUCAUACUUGACCCCUUUCUCUUUAACGUCCUACCACAUUCCCUCGCACCAGUCGCCAUCUACAUCGUAAUUGUUGCAGCCGCAGCUUGGUUUGUGUCAGGAUACACGUACAACUGGCUACGCUCGGUGGCCGAGGCGACGCCCUCCAAAGCGCAUUCAGACUGAAGUCUUUCCAACUUAAGCGAAUCCGUUCUCUUGAAAGCCAUGGCAUCUGCUGCUGGCGCUCCACCACCACCACCACC